AUGUAUGAUCUUAAUGUUCUUUGGCAUGGUUCAGGUGUUUCUGAAAUAGAAAUGAAAAAAAUGAUUGCUUUUUUAAUAGAACUUGGAUAUAGUACUAUUGCCCUAAAUUGUAUGGUUUAUGGAAAGAUUGGGAAAAAAAUAGUUAAUCCAAUUCGAUCAAAUAUUGUUGAAUGUGAAAGAUCUAUUCGUAUUUUGUCAAGAGUUACGAUUGUUCUUGAAGAAGGAUCUCAGAAUUAUAAUUUAUAUUCAGCUACAGAUACAUUUGAUAUUUUAGCAGUAAGACCAAUGAAUGAAAAAAUGUUUCAACAUGCAUGUACAUCCAUGGAUGUAGAUAUAAUAUCUCUUGAUAUGUCUCAGCGACUUCCGUUUUAUAUUAAACAUUCCACGGUUAGUAUUGCUAUUACGCGAGGUAUUAGACUUGAAAUUUGCUACGGUUCGAGCAUAUCUGAUAUUAAUUGCCGAAAAAACUUAAUUAGUAAUGCAUCAGCAUUAAUACGUGCGACUCGUGGAAAGGGAAUUGUUAUAUCUAGUGAAGCAUCAAAUUUAAUGUAUUGCCGAAGUGGAUACGAUGUAAUUAAUCUUUCAACAUUUUGGGGAUUGAGUCAAGAAAAGGGAAGGGAUGCCAUAGGAAAAGAGGCGAAAUAUGUUAUUAUACAUGGAGAAGCUAGAAAAAAUACAUCUAAAGGUGUUAUUAAAUUAGUUGAUGAUAAAAUUUUACAGGAAAAACGUAAUGUUAAGGAAGAAUUAGUACAUCAGAUCAAUAAAAAAAAUAAGACGAGUCCAUAA